AUGAGUGGGUCAGGCAAAGGACUUCUUGGAAUGUGGUUGUAUAGAAGAGGCGAGGAAUGGACAAUCAAAGAGGGAAGUCCGAUAAAUAAACAGCGAAACCAAAUACAGAUCACUGCACAAAUUACUCACGUGGAAAAAGGUGGAGAUAACAAGAAUUCUGUUGUCUUCUCUCUGAAGAAUCAAGUUGGAGGCUUAGCUCGUGCUUUGCAGGUCUUUCAAGAUUUAGGCGUGAAUGUCGUGCACAUUGAAUCGAGAAAGUCAGUGAGACGAGGAUCCGAAUAUGAAAUUUUGGUAGAUGUAGAAUGUGACUCAAAAAAAAUGCAACAAUUGACGAGAAUGUUGAGCCGUGAAGUAGCGGCCAUCAAUCUCUCUCAAUUUGAAGAAGUUAGCUCCGUUCCCCGUGCUCCUAUGCUUUCUGCAGCCCCUAGUUUUGAUUUCAGUGAAGUGAAUAUGCAAUGGUUUCCUCGAAAAAUAGCUGAUCUGGAUAAUGCUCAGAAAGUCCUAAUGUAUGGAUCUGAUCUAGAUGCUGAUCAUCCAGGCUUCAAGGAUCCGGUUUAUCGGAAGCGACGUCAACAAUUUGCUGAUAUUGCCAAUAAUUUCAGACAUGGACAACCUAUUCCGAGAAUUCAGUACACACAGGAGGAAAUAAAAACCUGGGGAGUAAUCUUUCGAGAAUUAUAUCAGUUGUACCAGAAAUAUGCUUGCAAAGAAUAUCUUGACAACUGGCCAAAAUUAGUGAAUUGUUGCGGAUACAGAGAAGACAAUAUUCCUCAACUUCAGGAUGUGAGCACGUUUCUGAAAAGAAUGACGGGGUUUCAGUUACGACCAGUAGCUGGUUAUUUAUCACCAAGAGAUUUUCUCGCCGGACUUGCAUUUCGAGUCUUUCACUGCACUCAGUAUAUUCGCCACUCGUCUGACCCUUUUUACACACCAGAGCCGGAUUGUUGUCACGAGCUUCUGGGUCACAUGCCUCUCCUUGCCAACCCUAGUUUUGCUCAGUUUUCACAAGAACUUGGCCUUGCUUCUCUAGGAGCUUCAGAUGAUGAUAUUGACAAACUGGCAACGUUAUAUUUCUUCACUGUCGAAUUUGGAUUGUGUAAACAAGAUGGAAAUCUUCGAGUUUAUGGAGCAGGACUUUUGUCUUCAGUAUCUGAAUUACGACACGCCGUGACUGCACCAGAAAAAACUUUUAGAUUCGAUCCGGAAGUCACCUGUAAACAAGAGUGUAUCAUAACUGCAUUCCAGAAUGCAUAUUACUACACAGAUGAUAUUGAGGAGGCAAAGGAAAAAAUGAGGGCAUUCGCUAAUCAGAUCCAACGUCCUUUCGGAUUGAGAUACAAUCCUUACACACAAUCGGUGGACGUUUUGACGGAUGCUCAAAAAAUUACAGCACUUGUUAGCGAAUUGCGAGGAGAUUUUUGCAUUGUCUCAAAUGCUUUAAAAAAAAUUCAUGAGCAAGAUGAUACUGUCGAUAUUGAAAGAAUAACGAGUUUAUUGACACAUGGGAUCGAUCUUCCAGCAGAGAAUUCAUCAGACAGUGAUGACGAUAAAAGUCCUAAUGAGAGAACGAAGAACAAGGACCCAGAAAAUUAAUUACAUUUUUGAAUUUUUUUGUUUGAGUUAGAAAAAUGUUCAAUGUCCAACUAUCCACUAGUGAAAAGAAUUUACCUUCUAAUGUAAUUAAAAAGUCAGGGUUAUGCAACAAAAUCAAGUAGACCAAACUGUUUCAAAAAUGCACAAUUUUCGAUUUGAAAGCUUUUCAGAAAUAAAGAAUUCAAAAGUUUAAACCUAAAUUUUAACUCUUAAAAUAGAAGUUGUCUAGAUU